AUGGCCCUAACCAUCGCGGAAUCAACCACCGUCCCAAUUCCGCCUAAAAGCCCAGUACCAAGCCUCACCCAUCUCCACCAUCACAGCACAAUAACUACAGAAUUCGACCCACUGCGCUUUGAAGCAGCAGCCUCACUCCAACUUCAACCAAACGUCAACAAAGAGCCAUCAACCCACCUAAUCGCCUCCCCAUACAAUCACCCAGCUCAUCUCCUCGACAUAUCAGGCCUAGAAAGACAAGACCGCCUCUUUUCAUUGGCGCUAUCUUACCUCAAACCAAUACGCAACGAUUAUGCCACAGCGCCAUACACAGAAUCCUUCAACUGGACUGAAGUCUUCGGUUUGGUGAAAGCGUUUUCGGAGACCGAAGAACAUAACUGGACAGCUGGAUCGUACUAUGUUGUUAUCUUUCGAUCGAUUCUGUUACCGGAUAUCGAUAAUGAUCGCCUCUAUGCGCUUGAUGCGCAUUCUCACCGUGAAGCCAUUGCUAGUGGGGGAUUGCUGAAAUAUUGGUUCGGUGCGAAAAAUGAAAAUAGGAGGAAUUUGGCGACUUGCAUCUGGCGCUCCAGGAAUGAUGCUAGACUUGGUGGGAAAGGACCUUGGCAUGCUCAGGCUAGAGCUGCGGCUGCGGUCAUGUACGAGGAGAUUAAAUUCACGACGUUAAGGUUGGAUAUUCAUGAUGGAGUCAAGGGGUGGGAAUUGAGUGAUUGGAAAGAUGAUGCAUAG